UAAGUCCUCGGUGGAACACUGCGGUACCAUUCAUAUAAACCUCUCCACCCUUAUCAUUUCUCCCUUAUCCUUCCUUUCUCCUUGUCUGCAAUGGCUUGUUCAUCUUCCAUUAUAGGAGUUUCCUCCAUAUACCAAACUAACCCUUCACUCGAACUUUCUCGAAGACCACCUUUAUCUCUUCUUCCUUUGUCCAAUGAAUUAAAAAAAUCCCAUUUUCAUGUUCGUCUGAGACAUGUUGUCUCUUCUGCUGUUGUAACUCCAAAUUCAUCAGUGCUUAGUGAAGAAGCGUUUAAAGGAAUUGGGGGUUUCGGGAAGGAUUCUUUGAAUGUUAGUGAAAGUGAAUAUGACGAUGAUGAGUCUGAGGUUGAGGAUGAUGAGUCGAAUGAAGAUGAACUUGCUGUUUCUAAACUUGGUUUACCCAACAGACUUGUUGACGCUCUUCAAAAACGUGGAAUUACUCAGCUUUUCCCUAUUCAGAGAGCUGUUCUAGUGCCAGCACUGGAGGGUCGGGAUAUAAUUGCUCGUGCAAAGACAGGGACAGGGAAGACACUUGCCUUUGGUAUUCCAGUAUUAAAAAAGCUUAGUGGAGAUGAGGAAAUGAGAAAUAAUCAGAGACGCGGACGGCUUCCCAAAGUUUUGGUACUUGCACCUACUCGAGAGUUAGCCAAUCAAGUAGAGAAGGAAAUGAGGGAGUCGGCACCAUACUUGAACACUGUUUGCAUAUACGGAGGCGUUUCUUAUGCUACACAGCAAAAUGCACUUUCCCGUGGGGUUGAUGUUGUUGUUGGAACUCCAGGUAGACUUAUUGACCUGAUAAACAAUAGCAGCUUGAAACUGGGGGAAGUGGAAUAUUUGGUCCUCGACGAGGCUGAUCAAAUGCUCGCAGUUGGAUUUGAGGAAGAUGUGGAAGUUAUUUUGGAAACACUUCCACCACAGAGGCAGAGCAUGCUUUUCUCAGCCACCAUGCCAGGCUGGGUAAAGAAACUGUCUAGGAAGUAUUUGAACAAUCCUUUGACAAUUGACUUGGUUGGUGAUCAAGAGGAAAAGCUGGCAGAGGGGAUCAAACUUUAUGCUCUAUCAACUACAACAACAUCUAAACGAUCCAUACUCAGUGAUCUUGUUACAGUUUAUGCAAAGGGUGGAAAGACAAUUGUUUUCACACAGACAAAACGAGAUGCUGAUGAGGUCUCGAUGGCAUUAUCAAACAGCAUUUCUUCUGAGGCACUGCAUGGCGACAUUUCUCAACAUCAGAGAGAAAGAACACUAAAUGGAUUUAGGCAAGGAAAAUUCACUGUGCUAGUUGCGACUGACGUUGCAUCUCGUGGUCUUGAUAUACCGAAUGUUGACUUAGUAAUCCAUUAUGAACUACCCAAUGAUCCAGAGACUUUCGUUCAUCGCUCUGGUCGAACAGGCCGUGCUGGAAAAGAAGGCACUGCUAUUCUGAUGUACACAGGUAAUCAAAGGCGAACUGUCAGAUCUCUCGAACGUGAUGUUGGGUGCAAAUUUGAGUUCGUUAGUCCUCCAUCUGUCAAAGAGGUUUUGGAGUCAUCAGCUGAGCAUGUGGUGGCUACACUUAAUGGAGUUCAUCCCGAAUCAGUUGAGUACUUCACUCCAACUGCACAACAGUUGAUAGAGCAACAAGGAGUAAAUGCCCUUGCUGCUGCGCUUGCUCUUUUGGGUGGGUUUUCCAAACCGCCAUCUUCUCGAUCUCUAAUAACUCAUGAACAGGGAUGGACUACAUUGCAGCUGACACGUGAUUCUGUAAAUUCCCGAGGAUUCAUGUCAGCAAGAUCUGUUACUGGUUUCCUCUCUGAUGUUUAUUCAUCAGCUGCCGAUGAAAUUGGCAAAAUUCACCUAAUUGCAGAUGAAAGGGUUCAGGGGGCCAUAUUUGAUCUUCCUGAGGAGAUUGCAGCAGAUCUACUAAAUCAAGAGUUACCACCUGGAAAUACUAUUUCCAAGAUUAGCAAGUUACCUGCUUUACAAGAUGAUGGGCCAGCUAGUGAUUUCUAUGGGAAGUUUUCAAGCAGGGAUACUAGGGGGACACGAGGAGGUUUUAGAGACCGUAGAGGCAGAAAUUCCCGGGGUUCUUCUGGUGGUCGUUUCUCUGAUAAUGAUGCUGAUAAUUGGGGGAAUGACUUUCGGCCGCGAGGUGGCCGCACAAGAGGGGGCGGAAGUGAUUGGCUCAUCAGUGGUGAUAGGCGCUCUAGCAGGUCUUUAUCCGGAGGAAGCAGAGACAGAUCCUUUGGUGGUGCAUGUUUCAAUUGUGGGCGCAGUGGUCACCGAGCAUCUGAAUGCCCGACCAAAAGGGACUACUAGGUGUGUAGGUUCCCUCACUGUCCUUCCUGCAGUAAUUGUACCUGGGUGACAAUUUUGCACUAUUUCCUGACAAAGCCAGCUCUGAAGAUAAAGAGUGUAAGUGAUGCAGCAUUUCAUAUGAGUAACAGCAAGAUCCUAGACUGUUCCCUCCAGCACCAUCUCCUCAAAGCUUCACAUGGCCUACUGAUGGUUAGUUUUGUCACGUGGAUUGAUUUUCUGUUUCGCAAACAUGUAUUUUUUGUAAUCAGUUCCAGUUAUUUUCUCCGAGUCCUAGUAGUUAAUGGGUUAUUGAUGUUGUAGGUGAAGUGAGGUAAGAUAUAUACCCCUCCAGUAGAAAUGUGUUGACUGCCAAGUCUCCCCAAUUUAUAUCUUUAAGAAACUGAUGCAGCUUUCGGUCAAAGCAUCCGUAGGAGCGGGCUUUAUGGUGUACUCUAUUAUUGUAAGCAAGGUGCAGUUUAGUAGGAGUAAUACUUGUGGUAGUGAAUACUUGUCGCCAGUAAAUUCUGCACUCUCAAUGUUUUCACCAGCAUUCAGAACUGCACAAACAUGUUGAUGCAUUUGGCUUUA